AGUGAACAUGGCCAAAUCAACAGCCUUUUUCAGCAAAAAUACUCCAGACCAGCUUAUCAAUACUCUCUGUCAUUCUUUGGGAGGAAUUCAGGUUCACCAUUCCACCAAAUAUCUUGGUCUCCCCCUUGGCCUCAGCAGAUCCAAAAAAGAAGCCUUUUCAUUUGUGGUGGAGGCUGUUAGAAAUAGGUUGAACAGCUGGAAAAACAAGUGCUUAGCUGCAGCUGGCAAGGAGACUCUAAUCAAGGCAGU